AUGUGGACGUCACUCUUCUCUGACCAUGUGGACGUCACUCGUUGCUCUGACCAUGUGGACGUCACUCGCUCCUCUGACCAUGUGGACGUCACCCGCUGCUCUGACCAUGUGGACGUCACUCUCUGCUCUGACCAUGUGGACGUCACUCGCUGCUCUGACCAUGUGGACGUCACUCGCUGCUCUGACCAUGUGGACGUCACUCGCUGCUCUGACCAUGUGGACGUCACUCGCUGCUCUGACCAUGUGGACGUCACUCGCUGCUCUGACCAUGUGGACGUGACUCGCUGCUCUGACCAUGUGGACGGAGAACCAGGAGAGAAGGGGUCAAAGGGUAACGCUGGGUUUGGGUACCAAGGCUCCAAAGGAGACCGUGGCCCCCCUGGUCCUGCUGGUCCUCCUGGUCCACCUGGUCCUCCAGUUGAGUUCUCUGUGAGCAGUGAUGGGACCGUGGUGGUCCCUGGACCCAGAGGCCCCCCAGGGGCCCCAGGACCUGAGGGCCCUGCAGGAGAGGACGGAGAACCGGGAGAUCCAGGAGAAGACGGGAAAACUGGACCAGAGGGGCCCCCAGGUUUCCCCGGGACUCCAGGAGACAUCGGCCCCAAAGGAGACAAGGGUGACCGUGGCGAGGGGCCCCCAGGACCCAGAGGCCCCCCCGGCCCCCCCGGCCCUGGACAGCGCUCGACCUUUUCGGACAUGGAGGGAUCUGGUCUGGACCUGGAAUCUCUCAGGGGCCUCCCUGGAGUCCCUGGGCCCCCCGGUCCCCCUGGGCCCCCCGGACCCUCUUCUGAUGGUACGGCCCUGAGCUCUGGAGCCUUUGGACCCCCAGGGAGAGACGGAGCACCUGGUCAGCCGGGUCUUCCUGGUGUGCCCGGUCAGGAGGGGCUCAUCGGACGCCCAGGACUGAAGGGAGAGAAGGGAGACUCUGGAACCGAGGGACGUCCUGGAGCCUCAGGGUUAAAGAAGAGAACUCUCUGUAACAGGGAGACAGAGGAGAACCAGGAUUACCAGGGACCACAGGAGAGACUGGUCUGGCUGGACUCCCAGGACCUAUGGGACCAGUGGGACGUCCAGGACCCCCGGGACCACCAGGACCAGGCCGCUCCAGGGCGGGAUUUGACGACAUGGAGGGCUCUGGAGGGUUCGGACUUCCCGGACUCCGAGGACCCGAGGGGCCACAGGGCCCACCUGGACUUCCCGGACUUCCUGGAAAGCCUGGUCUUCCGGGGUUCCCAGGACAGAAAGGCUCAGAGGGGUCUCAGGGCAGGGAUGGUCAGCCCGGUCUGGACGGGUUCCCAGGACCCCAGGGUCUUAAAGGAGAAGCCGGAGAACGAGGAGAGAGAGGAGAACCAGGCCGAGACGGGACUGGACUCCAGGGCCCCCCCGGCCCCCCCGGGCCCCCAGGACAGGUCAUCUACAGGGGCCAAGGCAGUUCUGAGCAGAUCUAUGGAGCUGCUGGACCCGAGGGCAGAGCUGGACUUCCUGGUCACGCAGGCUUUCCUGGACCAGUUGGACCUAAAGGAGAGCGUGGAGAGCCUGGUCUGCCUGGAUAUGCUCCGAAGGGGGAAAAGGGAGAGCCAGGUUUGGUGGUGGGACCUGACGGGAGCCUCCUGCGGCUGGAAGGACUCUCAGGACAGAAGGGGGACAGAGGAGAUCCGGGACCAGUUGGACCGAUGGGUCCACAUGGUCCAACAGGCGUCAAAGGAGAGAUCGGGAUGCCCGGCCGACCUGGUCGUCCUGGAGUGA